AUGACCGGUCCAAACCUGACCAACAACCUUCUUGGCGUCCUUAUGAGAUUUCGUAAGGGCGCUGUUGCUGUCAUGGCAGACAUACAGCAGAUGUUUUACAGUUUCCUUGUAAGACAAGACCACAGGAGAUACCUGAGAUUCGUAUGGCCAGAGGACAACGACCUCAGCAACAACUUAUUGGAUUACCAAAUGAAUGUCCACGUGUUUGGAAAUAGACCAUCGCCUGCUGUGGCAACUUAUGGUCUUCACAAGGCAGCAGAGAUGGCAGCGUCUACUGUAGGUAAAGAUGUCGAAAAACUUGUGAAACGGGACUUUUAUGUAGAUGACGCCCUUACCUCCCACGACUCUAGUGAGGAAGCCAUUGAUCUUUUGAAGAGAACCCAGUAUGCUCUACAAGAAUUCGGAAACAUCCGGCUUCACAAGCUAUGCUCUAACUCUCGUCAAGUUUUGGCGGCGUUCGACAAGGACGACCUUGCAAAGGAUCUGAAAGAUCUAGAUCUGGAAAACGAGUUUCCACUGCAGAGAAGUCUUGGGGUAUGUUGGAAUGUCCAGCAAGAUACAUUUACCUUCCGCGUCACCCUAGAUGACAACGCCUUCACCAGAAGGGGUGUUCUAUCCACAAUCAACGGCCUCUAUGACCCCAUAGGUCUAGCUGCAGCAUUUACAAUCACAGGGAAACUUCUACUGCGAGAAAGUCUCACCGAAACCCUGGGCUGGGAUGAGCCCUUACCUCAUCGGCUGUUGGAAAGAUGGUCUCAUUGGAAGCAAUCACUAGAUGCGUUGAAGAAAGUGCAGAUCCCAAGAAUGUACUGCCCCAAGUCAAACGACGACAUACAACAGAGAGACCUGUAUGUGUAUUCAGAUGCGUCGGAGAAGGCAGUAGCAGCAGUGGCCUACUUGCUGUCAGUGGACAAGAACGGCGACAAGCAUCUAGGAUUUGUCCUCGGAAAGGCAAAGGUUGCACCUAAGCAUGGUCAAACGAUUCCACGACUGGAGCUAUGUGCCGCCGUUUUGGCCGUUGAAACCUAUGACAUCUGCCAACAGGAGCUUGAUCUUGACAUACACCAAGCACACUUCUUCACAGACAGCAAAGUGGUCCUUGGAUACAUCUACAAUGAAACACGUAGAUUUCACAUAUACGUUGGAAACCGGAUAGACCGCAUCAGGACUUCCACUAGACCAGAUCAAUGGCGUUAUGUUCCCUCAUCUCUGAACCCAGCUGACGAUGCAACACGGGGAGUGACUUCCGAAGAUUUACCGGAGAGCAAAUGGCUGAAGGGAACUCGCCAUGCACUGAAGGACAGCGACACUAGCAGGGACAUCUCUAAGUUCCCACUUGUGCUACCAGAAGAAGACAAAGAAGUGAGAACUCUCAAAACAGAUUUCAAUAAGAGGUGUUUUCUUGGUUGUGAAAGGUUUAAGAGGUUUUCAUCAUGGACCGCGGUGGUCAGGGCCAUUAGCCUGAUUCAGAAUCGACUCAGAACUCUUUCAGCAGAACAGACUCUCCGUGAUUCUGUUUAUAUUCGGGAUCUUGCACAACUCGCGGUCAUACAGGCUUUACAACACGAAAUCUUUGCAGAGGAAAUCAGGGCUUUGACAAACAACCGCCAGCUUGCAAAGAACAGUCAAAUACGCAAUCUCUCACCAUACCUGGACAAGGAUGGCAUCCUUCGAGUCGGGGGACGUCUGAAUAAUUCGCAGCUGAACUCUACAGUUAAAAACCCCAUCAUAAUCCCUCGACAUCAUCUCAGUAUGCUGCUUGUUCAUCACUUUCACGAGAAAACGUGUCAUCAAGGCCGGCAACUAACUGAAGGUGCUGUUCGCAAUGGAGGUUUUUGGAUUUUGGGCAGCAAGCGACAAGUAGCUUCGUGCAUACACAACUGUCUGCAGUGCAGACGCUCUCGGACUAAGCUUGAAACUCCAAGAAUGGCUGACCUUCCGUCUGAUAGGCUGAACCCAACACCACCAUUUACCAACGUUGGCAUUGACGUCUUUGGACCAUGGCAGAUCAUGACCAGAAGAACUAGAGGAGGGCAGGCAAAUUCAAAACGCUGGGCCCUCAUGUUCACCUGCUUAGUUGUACGAGCUGUACACAAUGAGCUGCUGGAGGAGAUGACCUCAUCAUGCUUCAUCAAUGCUUUGAGACGAUUUUGUGCCCUGCGAGGCGAGGUGAAGAUGAUCCGGUCAGAUUGUGGCACAAACUUAUUUGGUUCAACCGCAGACUUGGAAGCAAACGUGAUAAAUGUGGAAAACAAACCACUGAAGGACUAUCUAGUUGAUUCCGGAAUCAACUGGGUUUUUAACCCUCCGCAUUCUUCUCACUUUGGCGGCGUCUGGGAGAGGAUGAUUGGGGUUGCAAGGAAAAUCUUGGAUGCCAUGCUCUUGAAUGUGAAACAACUUACCCACGAGGUCCUUCACACUCUUAUGGCUGAAGUGAGUUCCAUCAUGAACGCCAGACCACUUACCCCAGUGUCGACGGAUCCAGAGGUUCCCUUUCCGCUUACGCCAGCGACCUUACUCACCAUGAAAACAAAUCAUGUUGUAGAAUCAUUCAAACUGGAAGACUUCAAUGGCAAGGAUCUUUACAAGACGGAAUGGAGACGUGUUCAGCAUCUUGCGGACACCUUCUGGUCCCGUUGGAAAAACGAAUAUUUGCCAACACUUCAAACCAGACGUAAGUGGCAAGACGAUGGAAAGAAUGUGACAAAUGGAGAUGUCGUUCUUCUUCGAGACAACUCCGUUCACAGAAAUGAAUGGCCAAUUGGUGUAAUCGUCAGCACCAAUGUUAGCGAGGACGGCAGAGUGCGCUCUGUUGAUGUAAGGCUUGGGAAAGACAGGAAAGUCUACACUCGGCCUGUCUCAGAGUUAGUCUUUCUUUUGUCAAAGUAA